UUUUUUUUUCAAAAUCAAGUUUUUAUUUCAAUAAUUACCAUAAUCUAAAUAAUCUAAAAUAAUAUCAGAUACCUUUUUCAAUUAAUUUAUAAUCAAUCGCAAAAAUGAAAUCAAUUACUUUAUUCUUCAUCGUCUUAUUCAUCAUUUCUUGUUUACCAAGAUAUAUUGAAUCUCAAGGAGCGCCAGAUGCAGGUGCACCUUCAACAGUUACCAGUGUAGAUGUGGCUCCAACAACUGUUCCUGUUCCAACUACCUCUACUACUACUAUUCCAGUUGAAAGUACCAGCUUCGUAUCACCACCUGUUACAGUAAGUUCUACAUCCCUUUCGGUGGUUCCUAGUCCAACAACAGUCGUUAGUUCUGUUUUUUCUGUAAGCGGUACAGUCUCGAAAACGGUUUCACCUUCAGGAGGCGCAUCAGCAAGCGGUGCCUCACCAAGCGCCAGCCAAAGCAGUUCAUCAAGCUCAUCAAACGCUGCUGAACCCGUUCCUGCACGAGCUGGAAUGGUUAAUGCCGCCGCCGCCGGUGUUGUUAUGGCUGCUAUAAUUUUAUUUUAAAAAAUAUAUAUAUUAUAAUAUGAUAUAGUUCAAAAAAUUCAAAAAUUUAUUCUAUAAUUACCAUUAUUAUAAUUCAUUAAUAACCUAUAAUUAUUUUUUGUAAUUUUAUAUCUAAAUUUCCGAAAAAAAAAAAAUAAACAAUCCUUCUUGAAGAUACUCACUUUCCUUUAAAAAAGUAUAAAUCGACUAACUAAAUACUAUAUUUAAGUCAGAUCAUUGUUAUGUUAAUCUUUCUUAAAACCAAUGACUUUAAAAAGGCUAAUUAAAUUAUUACAGUGAUGGUAGUGCUUAAUAUAGAAAUUGAAUUUUACCCAGAAUGAAAAUCACCAGACUUAUAAACCUUUUACUGGUUAAAAUCAAAUAAAAAAUUUCAAAUUGUAAUGCUCUGGUAAUAUUUACCAUAUUUUAUAAAUUUUUU